AUGAAUCUUUGCUAUUCUAUUUCAAGGAAUCCUGAUGUGGUGUCACGUGCCUCAAUCUUCCCAUUCACAUUCUUCUCAAUUUAUGAUGCUCGCACAAAACUUCAAACCAGAUUGAGGUUGAGAUUGGAAUGCAAUUCAAAGCCCAUUAGAGUGGAAUUGAGUUCCGAAGGCAGUAAUACCAACGUUAUUAACGCAAAUGAUAGUUUAGAGGAAUUUGAUAAGAGUAAUAAUAGUAUAUGGGAAGAAUCUGAGUACGUGGAGGUGAUUGGAAUAGGAAGUCGAACAGAUGCAGCGCUUGACUUCUGCUCUGGGUCCCUCAUUCUUUCCCCUACUUUGAGAUUUUGGAAUAUUAUUAAAAAAGAUUCAAUGAAGGUGCUAUUGAAACAAAGGUUCAGUACACAAGAUAAUACUCCAAGAACUGUGGAAGCUCCAUCGACACCAAUGUCAUGUCAUAAAGCAGUUAUACUUGUUGCCAGUGCAGCUUAUGGCUCAGAUCACAUUACAGCACUUGAUAUUCUUCGCAAUAUUAAGUCAGUAAAUGGAUUUGUGGUUGGUGUUAUUUUGAAGCCAUUCAGAUUUGAAGGACAAAGGCGUCAAUACGAGGUGAAGGAUUUGGAGGACAAAUUUCAAAAGCUUGCAAACUUGUGUAUUGUUGUUGACACAGAUACUCUUCUGGAAAAUGAUCUGGUAACUCUGGACGAGGCUCUGAAGACCUAUAAUAAAGCUGUUCUGAUGGCUGUGAAUGCCAUUUCUGUUCUUGUAUCUGAGAAACACGUAAAGCUUCUAAAUGAAACACAAAAUGAUACCGAAGAACUUAAACUUCCGGAGUUCAGAAAAAUUGUGGAUAGAUUUAAAGAAGCAAGAAUUGGAUUUGGAGCUGCUUAUAAUGUCAGAAGUUCAAUCCUGCAGGCUAUAUAUGACUGCCCUUUCCUGGGUGUGGACCUUAAGGACACUAAUGGUGUAAUACUAUGCAUCUUUGCAAGCUCAGGCAUUGUUGAAUGCAGUAAUGUGCAUAUUCUUUUGCAUAAUUUUCGACUAACUACGCAAUACCAGGGAAAGAUAAUUAUAUCUAUAGUUCAUGAACCCAGUCUAGAGCCUGAUAUAAUUCUGACAACAGUAAUUGCAUUCGGUUACUUCAGACAGCAGUUGGCUCGGAAAAAUGGCAUAUUCUUUAACUUGGCCCAACAUUUCCCUUUCAUAUUCAAUAUCUUCAAGAAGCAAUAUCCACAACCUUUCAGCACUGAGCGUCCACAUUCUUCUGAGGUGACAAACUCACCUGGCAUUGGUGAAAUGUCUGAUAUAAAUUCCUUGAAUGGCAAAACUGAAGAUGCAGACAUUUACUUCAAAGAAAUCCAAACACUAUUGAGCAACAACGGUGAAGAAAUCAGUUCUCUAAGUAUUGGUUCUGGUGAAAGCGAGGUAGCAUUUUCAGAGGCUGAUUCCUAUUCUUCCACUCAUGCCUUCAAUUCUGCAGGAGUACCUAUGUUUAAGAGGGAUCUUCUUAGUAGAGGAAAUUUGUGGUCAGGUCAUCCAAGUGAAUGUGCCAAACAAGCAGCUAACUUUUCAGAGGAAACUAUGUUGGUUGACAAUGUGUGCAUCCAGAAACUUCCUGUUGGUGUGAAACAUUUUGAACAGUCGGAAGACAGUCUUCUUGCCUCAAACAUUAUACAGGAAGGGGAGAGAGUUGAUGACAGUAAAAAGACACAGCCUCGUGCCUUGACAAGUGUGUCUUGGAAUAGAUUUUCAGAUGCUGGUUUCCCUACAGGAUCAGAUUACAACAAUAAUGCAUCUGUAAUUGAAAAAGGAAAUUCCAUCAGCAAUUCUAAGAAGCAGGGGGUUCUUUCUGUUCGUGCUGCAUCUAUGCUGGAAGCAGAACGAGAUUCAGAAAAAAAUUGGAGUCCCAUAGUGGAAAUUAAGUAUUGGGGAGGGAUAUAUAGGGGGCGUAUCCAAGGAGGACUUCCUGAAGGAAAGGGUCGUUUGUUGCUUUGCGACGGAAACAUCUAUGAUGGAAUGUGGCGCUAUGGGAAGAGAUCAGGUCUAGGUACAUUCUGCUUCAAUAAUGGAGAUGUUUUCCAGGGAUCAUGGAGGGAUGAUGUAAUGCAUGGCAAGGGUUGGUUUUACUUUCAUACUGGGGAUAGAUGGUUCAUAAACUUUUGGAAGGGAAAGGCAAAUGGAGAAGGUCGCUUCUAUUCAAAGCUUGGUGAUGUGUUUUUUGGUCACUUUAAAGACGGAUGGCGGCAUGGUGACUUUCUUUGUAUCAAUGUUGAUGGGACAAGGUUUCAUGAGGUAUGGGAUGAAGGUGUACUUGUAAGCCAUAAGAAAGUGGAUUCCGAUGCUGGAGCUGGUUGA